AUGCUCAGAACUUGUCGGCCAGCGAGGCUCCUGCUGAGUCGGCCCCGCGUGCCGUGCUCUCUUGUCGAGCCUGGUAUCCUCAGGAGGUCGCUUGCCACAAAGUCUCGUGCCCCUCCUAUCCGGGAGCCGACAGAGCGUGACCAGAUAACUACCCUUUCGAACGGCGUCCGUGUAGCCUCCGAGGACCUUCCCGAUGCCUUUGCCGGCGUUGGUGUUUACAUCGAUGCCGGCUCCCGUUAUGAGAACGAGUCACUGCGGGGCGCUAGCCACAUCAUGGAUCGACUAGCGUUCAAAUCGACCGGAUCGAGGACUGCCGAUGAAAUGAUCGAAACUGUUGAGAAGCUGGGCGGCAACAUUCAGUGCGCGUCGUCCCGAGAAUCUAUGAUGUACCAGGCAGCUACCUUCAACUCUGCCGUUCCAACCACAGUUGGCUUGCUGGCCGAGACUAUCCGCGAUCCGAGGCUUACUGAUGAGGAGCUGGAGCAGCAGCUCGAGACGGCCGAUUACGAGGUCCGCGAGAUCUGGGCUAAACCGGAGCUGAUCCUACCCGAGCUCCUUCACACUGCCGCCUUCAAGGACAAUACUCUCGGAAACCCCUUGCUAUGCCCCCAAGAGAGGUUGGGUGAGAUAAACCGCGAUGUCAUCCAGGCAUACAGGGAGACCUUCUACAAACCAGAGCGCAUCGUGGUGGCAUUUGCUGGUGUGCCGCAUGAGCAGGCUGUCGAGCUAGCUCAAAAGUACUUUGGUGAUAUGGAGCCAUCACAACCUCAACUCCCGAGAACAGGAUCCGAAACGUCGCUCAGCUCCCAAGCUAGUGACUCAUCAACCACAUCUUUCGACUCAUUUUCAACAGAUUCGUCACAAUCCUCCGGCAUUCUGUCCAAAAUACCUUUCCUCAAAAAUCUUUCUCCCAGAUCUUCCCGGCCUACCUCUAUUACGCCUCUUACUCCUGAAGACCUCAGCCGUCCGGCCCAUUACACGGGAGGCUUCCUCUCCCUCCCCCCACAGCCGCCGCCGACUAACCCCAAUCUCCCGACCUUCACCCACAUCCAGCUCGCCUUUGAGGGCCUCCCCAUUUCAUCCGAUGACAUCUACGCCCUGGCCACGCUCCAGACCCUUCUUGGUGGUGGUGGCUCCUUCUCAGCCGGCGGGCCCGGCAAGGGCAUGUACUCACGGCUCUACACCAACGUGCUGAACCAGCACGGCUGGGUCGAGUCGUGUGUGGCAUUCAACCACUCGUACACAGACUCGGGCCUCUUUGGUAUAGCUGCGUCGUGCUACCCUGGCCGCACGGCGUCCAUGCUGCAGGUCAUGUGCCGUGAGCUGCACGCGUUGACAGUCGAUACGGGCUACGCGGCGCUGAACCCGAUCGAGGUGGCCCGCGCGAAAAACCAGUUGCGCAGCAGUCUGUUGAUGAACCUAGAGAGCCGCAUGGUUGAGCUGGAGGAUCUCGGCCGCCAGGUCCAGGUCCAUGGCCGCAAGAUCCCUGUGCGUGAGAUGACACGCCGCAUCAAUGCUCUGACCGUUGAGGACUUGCGUCGUGUCGCUCGCAUGGUGGUUGGCGGGUUGGUUGAAAACCCUGGGAAGGGUAGUGGCGCUCCUACGGUCGUGCUGCACGAGGCUACCGCCCAUGGUAUUACCACGACUAAGAUGUCGUGGGAGCAGAUACAGGAGAUCAUUUGGCAGUGGAAGCUUGGCAGGCAGUGA